AUGGGUCUCAAAGGCUGCAUGGGUCCGAACGCGAGCACCCCGUACCUGAAACGGUCCUUGUUAAGCCAUGGGACCGCGCUAUAUAAAGGACUUGAAUCGAAGUUGCCAUCCUAUGCUAACGUCGGUGCAGCCCAUCACGACCUGUACGAACAGGCUGGGAUCCUGCACCGCGAUAUUAGGCACAACAAUUUGAUGGUGGAUCCCGAUGAUCCCAGUGAAGGAAUUUCGAUCGAUUCCGAUAUGGCAUCCUGCGACAGACCUAAAUACCCAUUCCUCGUUGAAUCUACCUCCGUUGCCGGGAGCAACGUUUACCUUUCCGACCAAUCGACCCCGAUUCUCUUCCGCGAACGCGGUAUCGACAUGAUCCUGGAUCCUUUUUCUUUGACUGGAAAACCAUUCAAUAGUCAUUUUGCGCAUUGGAGCACAGGAUCCUGGUCGGGCAUUCGCAUGCACAGGCGGGGUUUCCUGAUCCUUCCCUCCAUUACGUACCUUUCAAAUCCCUUGCCUUUGAAGAACGAGUGGAUUCUGCCCUUGUGGCGGCUAGGGAUAAAUGGCCAAGCGGGCCAUUUUUCCGAUCUCCAAUCCGCUAACGAAUCCGCAUUCGAAGAGACGUUGGGUAACCGCAUCUCAUACGAUGCAUACAUGAACCUAUCACGGAGUUCAUAGCAAAAAAAUAUGCCUUCAUUAUACGCAGUGCAACCCCCUGCCGUUACAUGGUCUGCCCCAGAUGCAAGGGACUUAAACCGCUGACAAGCUGGGCGUCUGAUGAAUGCGACUUGUAAAGAUUGUGGUGAAGAAAAUCGCCCUUUGAGCCGUGUAAUUUCCAAUUUUCCAGGAGGAAAUAGACUGGCCGUUGUACUCGACACCCGCGAAGCUGAAGCUGAACCAACGGAGGUCCAAUAAUUCCAAAAGUUUCUGAGGCUGGGCCAAUAACACGCCACGAUCUUUCCUUGGUUUUCCCGGAUCUCCUCAUUGCACGACCCCAGACAUGCGACAGUUUUGUCUUCAUGACUAGAGCCCGCAAGAGAGGAUCUCCCGAAGGGACUGUUCUGACGGUAAAAAGACCUCGAGACGACCCCGUACUCCGGGCAGGAACGCAAUCUCCGAGAUGGAUAUCC